CAAGCAAAGCAAUAAUUUGCUUGCAUCAAAUAUCAAUUUCCAUCAUAUACCUUUAAUUUUAUUCUUUUUAUUCCGCUGCCAUAAAGUUGAGCUGUUCAGCAUAAUUUCAUUCUAUAUUGAAUUUCUAGAUUUUCUGUUUUUGACAUCAAGCCCUAUGUCUACGUGAAUUCAUAGUUCUUAUCCUACUUUCAGGCGCUUUGCACAAUCAGAUAGCAUCUUACAUUUUGCAACUCUCAAUUUUCUUUCUAUGCUAAAGCACUGAUAUAAGCUCCUCGAAAAAAUAACUUAAUUACCAGGGUAGCGAGCCACGGAGGACUGGAGGUGAAAGACAGGAACGUGACACCAUUUAUCACUUUUUAGGAAUCUACCUACUUGGCUUUUUGGGCUCUCUUUCUGCAGCUAUUGUCUACUAUUUCUAUAUUUGGCUAUCUCAAAGCUCUCCUUCACUUCAACAUUUUGCAUUUCUUUGCUUAGUUGGAGCCUUCCACUGGAUACCAUUCACCGUAAUUGCUUAUGCUACCAUAUUCGCUGAAGUACCAUCAAAUGCAAUUAGCUUUGCCAUCUUGUUUUCCUCCAUGUAUUUAUUUCAUGGCAUUAUACUAUGCAUCCUCACAUUUUUUGUGAAAAAACUUCUCACUUCCAAACCUCAAAUGGAGCAAACCCCCCUGAAAAUUUGGCUUUGCCAUCGAAUUAUCACUGCUAGCCACCUUAGAUUUGCUAAACUCUUGUCUGGAACAGAAGCCUUUUGCAUAUACCUGCGCCUGUUGGGUGCAAAAAUUGGCAAACAUUGUUCAAUCAGAGCCAUCAAUCCAGUAUCGGAUCCGGAACUCAUUUCUAUUCGCAUGGGUGUGCAUCUUGGUGACUUCAGCAGAAUUAUUUCUGGAUUCUAUUCAACUAAUGGCCUUACUCGUGGGAAAAUCGAGGUACAAGAAAAUUCUGUUAUAGGCAGCCAAAGUAUAGUCCUUCCUGGAUCUUUGAUUCAAGAAGACGUUGUUCUUGGUGCACUCUCAGUUUCCCCAAUGAACUCAACACUCAUAAGGGGAGGUGUUUAUGUUGGUUCUCGAACUCCAGUCAUGAUCAAGAAUACUAUGCAUAUAUUAGAUGAAAGAAUAGAAAAGAUGGACAGGAUCUACAAGAAGAUAGUUGGCAACCUGGCUGCAAAUUUAGCCGCUACAACUUUAAAAGUCAAAAGAAGGUACUUCCAUCGAAUUGGUGUUAGUGGGAAGGGAUAUUUGACAAUUUACGACGACAUUAAAGGUUUACCUGAUCACAAGAUAUUCUCUCCUGGGAAGAGUUACCCUGUAUUCAUCAGACAUAGCAACAGCUUGAGUGCCGAUGACGAUGCCAGGAUUGACGCUCGUGGAGCAGCAUUGAGAAUACUUUCAGAUGGAUCAGACACUACACCACUCCUUGACUUGACAUUGAAAACAGGCAAUGCAUUCUAUGCAAGAACAAUUGCAGACUUUGCAUCAUGGCUAGUUUGUGGACUUCCAGCAAGAGAACAGCAUGUCAAGAAAGUUCCACAUAUCCGUGAUGCAGUAUGGAAUUCUCUCCGUUUAACCAAUUCAUAUACAGAGCUACAUUAUUACUCAAACAUAUGUAGAUUGUUCCGAUUCAAUGAUGGACAAGAAAUGUAUGUGAAGUUAAAAUUGAGGCCUUACGAUAAAACAAUCGAUGAGGAUUCUGGUAAGGUUGAGCCGAUUGGAAUUCUCCCGCCAGAGACAGGUGCAAUUCCAAGAGCUGAUGAUGACAAACGCCCAUUGCUGUUUUUGGCUGAAGAUUUCCUUAAUCGUGUGAACUCGCCUGAAGGUGUUCGUUACGUUUUUCAGAUUCAAACUCGUCCAGUUCCACAAGAUGAAGCUGAACAAGACAUCGCACUUGACUGCACCAAACCUUGGGAUGAAACUGAGUUUCCAUGUCAAGACAUCGGAGAAAUUGAAAUCCAUCAAAGCCUGUCAAAAGAAGAAUCUGAAGCACUGGAGUUCAACCCCUUUCUUCGAUGUCACGAGGUUGAUGUCAUUUCAGCUACAUCAAUCUCCCAGAGUGCUUCAAUCGAUCAUGGCCGUUCAUUAAUCUACGAAAUUUGCCAGCAUUUACGAAAUGGAACUCCUCUUCCAGAAGCCUGGAAAAUCUUCCUUCAACAAUCAGAUACAAAAGUAGAUCUCUCUGGUUGUCCAAUGGCUGCAGCUUUAAAGGAAAGGAGCAAUGAAAAAACAGCGCUGGACAGAACUUGGUAUCAGAACCUCUGGCUUACAUUCUUUCAACCAACAUUACAAACAGCUCUGCCUUAUUUCAUCAUGGGUUUGGUCAUCUUUCCCCCACUAGCUUCUGUUAUGCACCUGAAGGAAAACAAGAAACUUCCAUUGCAUUGGUUACUUCCAUUGUUGUGGGUGUCUUCAGGGAUAAUAGCUGCACUUUGUUGUGUUGUUGCAAAAUGGAUUCUAGUGCAGAAGAAGAAAGAAGGGGAAACAAUAGGGAUUUGGAGCAUAAGGAUUUUCAUGGACACAACAUGGCAGGCCAUUAAAACAGUGGUGGGAGAUUAUUUCAUGGAAAUGACAACUGGGUCUUUCAUAUUUGUGCUGAUAAUGAAGUUGAUGGGUUCAGAUGUGGAUAUGAACCAAGGGACUUAUGUAGACAGCAUGGGAGCUUUGUUGAAUCCUGAAAUGGUGAGAGUCCAUAGAGGAGGCAGUGUGGGAAGAGAAGCACUAUUAUUUGGACACAUAUAUGAAGGAGGAGGGGUAGUUAAGUUUGGAAAUAUUGAGAUUGGAGAAGAUGGUUUUGUGGGUAGCAGAGCAAUAGCCAUGCCUGGAGUAAGAGUGGAGAGUGAAGCAAGUAUUGCACCUCUCUCUUUGGCUAUGAAAGAAGAAAUCAUAAGAGCAACUUAGAUAUCAACUUAGAUUAGAGUUGAUAACAUCUUUUCUGAGUGAUUGAAUAAUAAAUUGUUGUAUCAUAAUAUGGAUAAGUAGACAGGUUGCUGGUCUUUAUACUCUUCAAAGUUCAAACACCUAUAUAAAAUAAAGGAAACCAAAAAAAGGUGUACUCACUUUUGUCUUUCA